AUGAUACGUAACUAGACAUUGGGGCAUUGUGAUAAACUUCUAAAACCUUUGUUUGGAGGCGAUCUCGGUGACGAAUGGUCUCGCAGUUUGUUUAAACCAUAUCCAAAUAAUAUUCCAAGUGUUCGAAUGUUACAAUACAUGUGUACACCUGGGAAAAAACAUUAACGUGGAGCAUUUCUGGAGAACAUUUUAAUCAAAAGUCUUUGGAGUUGAAUGAAGUCUGAAUCAUCUGUUUGAUUGGUUGGUAUCACGUCACAUGACUGCUGGGUAGGUCGAUGGUGGAGAUGAUUUGAGUUAUCAUAAUAUGACACAUAGAAGGGGGAAUGAAAUAAAUUUCAGCAACAGAGACAUGCACAAAACUGCGUUUUACAACCACCCGGCCGUGUUUCAGAAUUACUUCCCCGGCGACACUAAUUACUGCUAUGAUGUUCCGUAUGGGCAACCAAACAUGUCUCCUCAAACCGGAGACUUCUACUCCCACCCAUCGUGCGCCGUGCAGAACAACAGUAUAUCAUCUCCAAACGGAUCUUAUGGAACACAAUACACGGGUCCCGACGGGUACUCUAACCACUUGACCGGGGUUGGGAGUCCGAAUACCGCCUCUUACAGUAAUAAGGGAGAGAUAUAUCCAUGGAUGAAAGAAUCGAGACAAAACUCAAAGCAACGCCAAACAACUCAGCAACAAAAACAACAGCAACAACCACAACCUCAGCAGCAACCUCAGCAGAACCAACAGCAACAGGGACAACCAGGGCAGACCGCGCAACAACCAGGACCUGAACCAACAAAGAGAGCGAGAACAGCGUAUACUAGCGCCCAGCUAGUGGAACUAGAAAAGGAAUUCCAUUUUAACCGCUACCUUUGUAGACCCAGAAGGAUAGAAAUGGCGGCGCUUCUAAGUCUAACUGAGCGACAGAUCAAAAUCUGGUUCCAGAACAGAAGGAUGAAGUUCAAGAAAGAACAGCGCCAAAAACCCCACUCUGACAAGUGUAAACACGACGGGAAUUUAUCCGGAAGUGAUAGUGACAGCCAAGGGUCGACAUCCGGUGGCGUUGACCGACUCGGCAGUGAUUGUGGCGGGAAAUUGAGUCCGGAUGACCUGGUUCAUCCACAUUCACCUCAUGGUCUGCACUCCGGGAUGGGGGCACAUAACAAUCACACGAACCACAAAAUCACUCACUCUCCUCAGGUCCCUGGACAUGAUCAGAGUUUACGUAAUCAAUACCUCACAGAUAACAGUAAUUACUUCCGGGAGCAAACCUCACCUCGUCAGACGCAGUCAAUCUCGCCACCGCAUUCACAUUAUAACGACAUAUACCAAUCCUCACAACAUCCGAGCUACAACCACCUCCCUCCCGAUACCACAGGGUAUACGGCAGCGGGUCCUUACAAUACCCACAGUCCCGUGUAUCCAGAAUUACCUCCCACGAAUGCCCAAAUGGAGCCUGGAAAUCAGUAUUCUUCCAACAUGGGGUAUUCAGCGGGGAUUCCAAACUCAAAUUGUUAUACUCAGGGUACUUAUGACUACAUGCCAAAACUGACGCAUUUGUAAUUAUAAAAAAUGAUAUUUUAUGUUAGAUUAAUUCUGUAGGGUUUAUGUAGUAUAAAAAAAUUCUUUAAAAAUCACAGACGUUACUACGAACAUGACAUUUCUGUGUUAGUCUUGAACAAUCUGGCAUAUUGAAACAGUGAAAAAUCCGAAGAAACACACUCCUUUAAAACUCUGCAAUAAAUCUAAUCGAUUUCAGGCGAUCCAAAAUCAUGGACACUAAUAAAGCAAUCGGAAUUAAACUGAAGCGAUAGCCUUAACGACCUGCCGGAUUUGACACAUCCUUAAUAAAGUAAUGGCCUUUUAAUAGUGUCUUCUAACGAUGAAAUAUACAGCUGUAUUAAGAUGCUGGUCAGUUACAGACAAUGAUCACAAUAUGGUGGAAACUGUCAACAAAAUUGCCGUGAUGACCACCGUCCGUAAUAAUGAUAGAGAGUCAAGAGACAGGUGUGAGCAUGUGUGAAUUGUUUUGUUGCGUUAUGGAGUUUUUUCUUUUAUCGUUCAUUAAAAAAAUCAUUUAGCCAAAGACAGCUCGUGAAUAAUAAAUGUGUAGAUUGUUAGCAGUGUGCAUGUACUUUAAUAGUCAUAUAAAUGAACUAUCAUUUUACAAGAUUCAGUGUACAUUCAGGGUAAAUAUUUGUCAUGCCAAACGAGAAUUUUAGUUAUUUGUUUAUCUCCGAUACCAGGGUAAUAUGAGGCGCAUUCUUCCAGGUUUUAAAUGUUAUGUAUUUUACGUCUUCUAGAGAUAGAAUUUUGAGUUUCUCUUGAAAAUGUCUUGUUUUCAUGCUUAAUUAUACAAUUUAAUUUUUACCAAAUUUCUGGA